AUGAAGUUGAAGGUUGUACAUGAAAAUGUGACUGAACAUCUAGUAGGAGUUGAUGAUCGUGUAGAAGCUAUAAUCAAAAUGUUGGAUGUAGGAAUUGAUAGUGUACGAUUUCUUGGAAUCCACGGAAUGGGCGGUGUUGGCAAAACAACCCUUGCUAAGGUUGUCUUCAACACUCUUUCUUCUAGCUUUGACCGAUGUUGUUUCCUUGCAAAUGUUCGAGAAAUAUCGAAAGGCAAUAAUGGUAUGCUAAAUUUGCAAAAACAAUUGUUAUCCAAGCUCGUUGGUUCUCAUAUUAUAGACCAAAUUCAUUGUGUGAAUGAUGGGAUCAACAUGAUGAAAGGAGUGCUUAGAUAUAAAAAAGUUCUCAUUGUCCUUGAUGAUGUGGAUGAGAAAGAGCAACUGAAAUUUCUAGUAGGAGAAGGUAAUUGGUUUGGUUCUGGUAGUAGGAUUAUCAUAACUACGAGGGACCAAAGUGUCCUAAUGAUUGAGGGAGAAGCAACAAGUGAAGGCCCCAUAAAAAAGUCUGCAAAUGUUUUGACUUACGAUGUACAGGAAAUGGAAUUGGGUCAUGCUCUUAAACUUUUCAGUAGGCAUGCCUUCAGAAGAGACUCUCCACCGGAAGAUCGUAUGUCCCUUUCUAAGAAAAUUGUCCAUACUUUGGGAAAGCUUCCUCUAGCUCUUGAGAUUACAGGUUCAUCCCUUAACAGUAAAUCCGAAGCAUUAUGGGUAGACAUAUCGAAGAAGCUACAAAAAGCUCCUCCCAUGGGAGUCCAAAGAAAUCUGAUGAUAACUUAUGAAAGGUUAGAUCAUGCACAAAGGCAAGUUUUUCUAGAUAUAGCUUGUUUCUUUGUUAAUCAGGACAUAACAUACCCUUUCUACAUGUGGGAUGCUUGUGGAUACCAUCCACACGAUGCCCUUGAAGUUCUUACUCUCAUGUCCUUGAUAAAGAUCAAAGAUGACAAUACUUUUUGGAUGCAUGAUCAAGUACGAGACCUUGGAAGGGAAAUCGUCCGUCAAGAGAAUUGCAAUGAUCCCUGUGAGCGUAGCAGAGUGUGGAAUCAAGUGGUAACGCGGAGCAUUCUGAGGCAAAAGGAGGGAAGUAGGAAAAUAGAAGCAAUGUCACUAGGAUUUGGUGGAGGUGGACUCAUCAUUCUAAAGCAUGAUGAAGUUGCUAAUUUACGAAACUUGAGGUUCUUUCAAGGGCACGUGUGGUCCCUUGUUGGAGACUUCAACAAUCUUCUCCCUAGUUUAAGAUGGCUUUCUAUGGGACGUGGGCUUCCAAAGUUUGAGGCAACAAACUUUCAUCUACCUAAUUUAGUCGUUCUUGAUCUUUCAUUGAGCAGUAUUUCAGAGGAAUGGGUUGGUUGGAACCAAAUCAAAGUAUGA